CUCGGAUGUUUCUGACAAUUCGUAUCGUAUACACCCGUCCACAGUCCACACUCGUGUAAAUCCGUUUAGCGACGUUUUAGUCGUUGUAUCUAUUUUUCACAUUUGGUAAACGGUAAAUGUAAAACGAUCUAUGGUUCUGUGAAGCUUCAUUACGCGGCUGACUUUAUACGACACAUAUGUCGCACUAGUGUCCAUUGUUUUCAAAUGCUUCUUAAUUUAAUGAAUUGAAACUCGGAGUUUUCGAUUUCUCUCCCACAAUUGUCGAUCAGAGAUACUUAACCUCCUGGGAGGUUUGCCGUAUUCUGCUUCCGGGACGUAGUUUCCCAAGCAAUUCGAGAUGACUACCGACAAAGUCACUUUGGGUGACGCUUUAUCGAAUGUUGACGUACUGGAUGAAUUUACUCUGCCGGAUGAGCAGCCGUGCAUAGAGGCUCAACCAUGUUCCGUAGUGUAUCAAGCAAAUUUCGAUACCAAUUUCGAAGACAGAAACGGUUUUGUAACAGGUAUAGCCAAGUAUAUAGAAGAAGCAACGGUACACGCAAGUUUGAAUGAAUUACUGGAAGAAGGUCUAGAACAUGCUGUUAUGUUGUACACAUGGAGAUGUUGCUCACGUGCAAUUCCACAACCAAAAUCUAACGAACAACCAAACAGAGUAGAAAUUUAUGAAAAGACAGUAGAGGUGUUGGCACCUGAAGUGAAUAAAUUAUUAAAUUUUAUGUAUUUCCAAAGAAAAGCAAUUGAGAGAUUUUCAGGAGAAGUUAAGCGUUUAUGUCACCAUGAAAAGAGAAAAGAUUUUGUAUCUGAAGCAUAUUUAUUGACAUUAGGGAAAUUUAUUAAUAUGUUUGCUGUGUUAGAUGAAUUGAAGAACAUGAAAUCUAGUGUAAAAAAUGAUUAUUCUACAUAUAGGAGAGCUGCACAGUUUUUGAAAGUAAUGUCAGACUCGCAGACAUUACAAGAGUCUCAAAAUUUGUCAAUGUUUUUGGCCACACAGAACAAAAUUCGAGAUACAGUGAAAGAAAAUUUGGAGAAAAUUGCAGGAUAUGAAGAAUUACUUGCGGAUGUUGUUAAUAUCUGUGUUCACAUGUUCGAAUCUAAAAUGUAUCUUACACCCAAUGAGAAGCACAUGUUGGUGAAGGUGAUGGGUUUUGGUUUGUUCUUAAUGGACAGCGAAAUGUGUAACAUCAACAAGCUUGAUCAAAAGAAGAAAUUAAAGUUGGAUAGGAUCGACAGAAUCUUUAAGAAUUUGGAAGUGGUACCGUUGUUCGGAGAUAUGCAAAUUGCACCGUUUAACUAUAUUAAACGUUCCAAGCACUUUGACGCGUCAAAGUGGCCAUUGUCCUCCUCGUCAAACAACAUAAGCCCGCAGGCUGAUCUUAUGGUACAUCUUCCUCAGAUUAGAGAAGAUCAUGUAAAAUACAUCAGCGAAUUGGCGAGAUACAGUAAUGAAGUCACUACAACGUACAAGGAAUGCCGAAGUGAUACAGAAAAUCGGGAUACCGCUGAGUUAGCAUUACGUGGAUUGCAAUUACUUUCGCAGUGGACCAGCGUUGUAACAGAAUUGUACAGCUGGAAGCUGCUGCAUCCCACUGACCAUCAUAUGAACAAAGAAUGUCCGCAAGAAGCUGAAGAAUAUGAGAGGGCUACACGUUAUAAUUAUUCGGACGAAGAGAAGUUUGCUCUUAUAGAAGUUAUAGCGAUGAUUAAGGGAUUGCAAGUAUUGAUGGCACGCAUGGAAACUGUUUUUAUCGAUGCAAUACGUAGAAAUAUAUAUGCCGAAUUGCAAGAUUUUGUACAACUCGCAUUGCGUGAGCCUUUAAGAAAAGCAAUCAAGAAUAAAAAGGAUUUGAUAAGAAGUAUAAUCGUUUCCGUCAGAGAGACUUGCGCCGAUUGGCACUUUGGAGUGGAGCCGCUUGGAGAUCCCGCUCUAAAAGGAAAGAAAGAUCCAGAUAACGGUUUUGGUAUUAAAGUUCCGCGAAGAAAUGUUGGUCCGUCUUCCACGCAACUUUACAUGGUACGGACUAUGCUGGAAUCACUAAUUGCCGAUAAAAGCGGCGGCAAACGCACUCUGAGAAAAGAUAUCGACGGUCAAUAUCUAGUUCAAAUUGAUCAAUUCCACAAAACCAGUUUUUACUGGAGUUAUCUUCUCAAUUUCAGUGAAUCAUUACAGAAUUGUUGCGAUUUGUCACAACUGUGGUAUAGAGAAUUUUAUUUAGAAAUGACAAUGGGUAGGAAAAUACAGAAAUGCCAAGUACGUCACCAGCAUAACGAAGAGUGCAGCGACUUGAUCACCAUGGAGAAACGCAUUCAGUUUCCCAUUGAAAUGUCUAUGCCGUGGAUAUUGACCGAUCAUAUCCUGAGAAGCAAGGAGCCGUCAAUGAUGGAAUACGUCUUGUAUCCACUGGAUUUGUACAACGACAGCGCGUUAUACGCAUUGACAAUAUUUCGUAAGCAAUUCCUGUACGACGAAGUAGAAGCCGAAGUGAAUUUAUGUUUCGAUCAAUUUGUUUACAAGCUUAGCGAACAAAUUUUUGCGCAUUAUAAACAAUUGGCAUCUAGUAUCUUGUUAGAUAAACGAUUUAGAGUUGAAUGCGUGGCUCUCGGAGCGUAUUUACUUCCGUAUCCCCGUGCCAAUAGAUACGAAACAUUAUUGAAGCAGAGACACGUUCAGUUACUGGGCAGAAGUAUCGAUUUGAAUAAACUCAUAACGCAACGUAUUAACGCGGAUAUGCAGAAAUCGUUGGAUUUGGCCAUAAGUAAAUUCGAAUCCGGCGAUAUAACCGGAGUCGUGGAAUUGGAUGGAUUGUUGCAAGUCAAUCGUCUUACUCAUAAACUCUUGAGCAAGUGGCUUGCACUUGAUGAGUACGACGCUAUGUUCAGAGAAGCAAAUCAUAACGUUCUAGCCCCGUAUGGGAGAAUUACUCUUCACGUGUUCUGGGAAUUGAAUUACGACUUUUUGCCAAAUUAUUGUUACAAUGCCGCCACAAACAGAUUUGUCAAAUGUCGUGGCCUACAAUUUGUGCAACCUGUUCAUAGAGAUAAGCCUCCGCAAAUGUCCCACCACUAUCUUUGGGGUAGUAAGCAAUUAAACUUGGCUUAUAGCACUCAGUAUGGUCAGUAUUCAGGAUUCGUUGGUCCGCAUCAUUUUCGUACUAUAUGCAAGCUCCUCGGAUACCAAGGAAUAGCUGUGGUCAUGGAGGAACUUCUCAAGAUCGUUAAGACCUUGAUUCAGGGAAGCCUGCACCAGUUUACGAAGACUCUUAUGGAAGCUAUGCCUAAAGUUUGUAAACUUCCGCGAUACGAUUACGGAUCUCCUGGAGUUUUAGGAUAUUAUCAUGCUCAGUUGAACGACAUUGUGCAAUAUCCCGACGCCAAAACCGAAUUGUUUCACAAUUUUCGCGAAUUCGGCAACACGAUCUUGUUUUGUCUUCUAAUGGAACAAGCUUUGUCGCAAGAAGAAGUGUGCGAUCUAUUGCACGCAGCUCCAUUUCAAAAUAUAUUACCCAGACCUUAUUGUAAAGAGGGAGAGAAACCCGAAACCAAGCAAAAACGACUGGAAGCAAAAUAUGCAGCUCUGCAAAUCGUUCCAAAUGUGGAUAAAUUAGGCACUGCUAAACAAGCAAUGAUCGCUAGGGAAGGCGAUUUAUUGACGCGCGAACGACUGUGCUGCGGUUUGUCGAUAUUCGAGGUUGUGCUCAGUAGAUUGCGAAGUUUCUUGGAUGAUCCUAUUUGGGUCGGACCACCACCAGCAAACGGUGUAAUGAAUGUAGACGAAUGCACAGAAUUUCAUAGACUGUGGAGUGCACUUCAAUUCGUAUACUGCAUUCCCGUUGGUGAAACCGAAUUCACUGUUGAAGAAUUGUUUGGCGAAGGUUUACACUGGGCUGGGUGUGCUAUGAUCGUUCUUUUGGGUCAACAACGUAGGUUUGAGGCCCUUGAUUUCUGCUAUCACAUUCUUAGAGUACAACGUGUAGACGGUAAAGACGAGAACGUUAAAGGAAUACACUUGAAGAGGAUGGUGGACCGAAUAAGACGAUUCCAAGUACUGAAUUCACAGAUAUUCGCUGUGUUGAAUAAAUAUCUGAAAAGCGGAGACAGCGACGCAGCGAGUGUGGAGCACGUACGUUGUUUUCAACCACCGGUGCAUCCUUCGUUAGCUCACGCGCAACAACAGCAUUAUCACGCGCCGGAGUAUUUACGUCAAAUAAAUCAUCAAUAAGCGAUGAUAGGUAAGAUAAGAUUUUGAGUCACGGUCGUAACUCAACUCGGAAACAGAGCGCGAAGAACAAAGUCAUUCCUUGUUUUUUAAAGGAAUAAUUCUAACAGAUUUCAUACUUUAUAUAUCGUCUACAUUGAAAAUAUAUCAUUUGUACUGUAUAUUUAACUCAGUAUAUUACUAGGACAUUUUUUAACAAAAACAAAAAUAAGCUUUAUGGAUAAUGACGAAAUUGCAAACGACGUAUUUAAGCACUUUGUCCACAAAAGCACGUGUUUAGUUAAUCUUCAAAAUCCAUUUCAUACAUUCAUAUUUAAGUGUAAGUUGUAAUGUAUAAGAGUAUUUUACUUGAGAUAUAUCAGUUUUUCAAAUAACAGGACUGAUAAUGUGUAUGAUUAUAUCCUAAAAUACAAACAAUACCCGCGUAUUCUCAUGAUUACAAGUAUAGAAUGUAUGAAUAUGAAUCUAUAUUGUAAGAUAUUUUCAAGUUAACUGAAACACGAAGUAUUAUAUAUAUAAAUAUAUGUAUACAUAUAUAUGUAUGUGAACGUUAUUCAUAUCACACAUAAGUGUAGUAUUACUUGUGUACUAAUAAUUAUGUAUAAAAUGCACGUUUUUUUAAUACUACUCAUUUAUAUUUAUUCCGAUAUCUCAAUCUGUCGCAU